CACUUGUACUGUUGUACACAUAGGCAUAUUCAACUUUAAUUCAAAAGCUCAAAAUUUUCUAUUCAUUUUCCUCCCAUUCCACCCCUCCCCCCCUUUGUCUUUUCUUUGUUUCCCUUUUCUCUCUUCUUUUCCACCCCUCCUGCAUUUUCCUUGUCAAAACCCUAGAUUUUGAAUCUAGGGUUUGAUUUUUCUCUCUCUGUCUUCUGCCUCUGAUUCCAGGCCUUGUUUAAGCUCCUCUCUUUUUGCUCUAAUGUCUAGUCUGCCUUCUAAUUUUCCUGCAUUUCUCAUGAGUGGUUCUUGUUGGGGGUGGAACCCAUUUAAGUUUCAGCUCCAUUUUUAGCUUUUUUUCCCCUUCCCCUUUCUAUUUUCUACUCUUUUUUUGUUUUUGUUUUUGUUUUUGUCACUCUAGUUAAAAUUUAGUUAUGGGUCUUGCACUUCUCCAUCCCUUGUAAAACCCCUGUUAAACCCUUUUUGAUUCAUUUGUAAGUGUUUUUGGAAGAGGGCUAAAAGGGGUUCCUUUUUUUCCCCUUCUGUUUCUUCUCUUCGUCUAGAAGUUCGAAAAUUUCGACAUUUUUCUUCACGUGUUCUCUUCAACUCCUGACGAGAAUACCAAAAUGCCUGCUCGGGCUUGAACGUUUUACUGGAAUUCUACACUCUUUCUGUUAUGGUUGAAGAUUUGGGUUAGAAAUUUUCUGAAAACACUGUUGAAGAAAGCAUUUUCUUGGUUGUUAAAGAGAUACAAGCAUUUUUUCAGUGAGGCCAUUCUUGCAAGUAAAUGAAUGGAUGGGAGGGAAGGCAUGGCAUUGUCUGGUGGCUCAGCUUCUUACUACAUACACAGGGGAGGAGGCGUCGGAGGGUCGGGAUCAGGGCUUCCGAAUGCUGGAUCGCACGCCUCCCCUGUAUUCCGGCCAAUGGCCAACCAGGGCGUUUUGGCUCACUCAAAUCUUAGAGGUAACUCAGUUGGAUCAACGUAUACAAUUGAGCCCUCACAUUCAAAUUAUCUCCGUGGGAUGAGUAUCAAUGUCUCAGCUGGAGUUAACUCUGGUGAACCUAUAAAGAAGAAGAGAGGGAGGCCCCGGAAGUAUGCUCCAGACGGGCAGGUCUCAUUGGGUCUGUCGCCCAUGUCUGCUGGUUCAAAGCUCACUCCAGGUUCGAAUUCGUCAACCCCGAGACGACGAAGAGGGCGGCCUCCGGGUUCUGGAAGGAAACAACAAUUAGCUCUCCUUGGUGAGUGGAUGAACAGUUCAGCUGGACUAGCUUUUGCCCCACAUGUCAUUCAUGUUGGAGCUGGAGAAGACAUUGUAGCAAAAGUAUUGUCAUUCGCGCAGCAGAGACCAAGGGCUGUUUGUGUCCUGUCAGGCCAUGGUACUGUUUCUUCUGUAACACUGCGUCAGCCUGCAUCUACUGGCGUGAGCGUCACAUAUGAGGGUCAUUUCCAGAUAUUGUGCUUGUCUGGUUCUUACUUGGUGGCUGAAGAUGGCGGUCCUCGAAGUAGGACAGGUGGUAUUAGUGUUUCCCUCUCUAGUCCCGAUGGUCAUGUCGUCGGUGGUGGUGUUGCUGUUCUUACAGCAGCUGGCCCUGUUCAGGUAGUUGUGUGUAGUUUUGUUUAUGGUGCAAAGAUCAAGAACAAGCAAGUGGGUGGUCCGAGAAGCAACGAUGGUUCCGAAACUGAGCACCACGAUAAUUUGGUUUCACCCUCCAGUGCCCCAUCCGCGCAAACCUACAAUCCAUCUGCAAUAGGUGUUUGGCCUGGUUCCCGUUCGGUCGACGUGAGAAACCCCCACACUGGAAUUGACUUGACGCGGGGAUGAUAUGAUAUGUUGCAACAGACACAUGUUGAGAUUUUGUACAUAUGUGUUGUUGUAAAUGAACCAAAACUUUGUGAGACCUGUACCUUUUUACUGAGUCCGAGUUCUUUUCGCAGCGGUUAACAGAUUGAUGCUAACAUAUGGUAUAUGUAGCAAGAGGCUUCAUUUCGAGUUUCUCAAGUCAAUGUUGAUUUUAUUGGACAGAAUUUCUGGUUUUGGAGGGUCAGAUUGCUUGGCAGCUGUAGCAGGAGGAAGAGAAGGAUGUUCAUCUUCGAGCAGGAAUUUUCCAUCUAAUGAAAUAUCUGGCGAGCCGAAGGACAUUUUAUGUUGUGUUCUAAGAUGUAAUUUUAAGAUAUAUAUAAGAAUAUCUCAUUUCAAUUUCCUUUUCCAAUGGCUUCUACUUGAGAUGAAAAGGAUUAUAUAUGGCGGUGUUGGUUAGAAUCAGAACUGGAAUGGAAUAGGAAUUAGAGUUUUGUUCAGACACUUGUACUUUUAUCCAUUCAAUAUGUUUAUGCAGAAUUUUAUA